AGCACGGGCAUGAAAUCAGGUUCAUCUCAGUUUAUUGCCGAGAGGUCUAGAGGAACAUGUCGGUGCACCAAGAGCAGGUUUGGAAUCUGUGCAGUGCAAGAGACUCUGCACAAGCUCUCUGGGCAACCGACUGCCAGGGGCAGGAGCCCUGGGGUGGCCGUGCCUGAACAGCACCUUUGUGCCUACAGUGCCACCCUCGAUGGCUGCCCUGGAGCCUGGGAUUGGACCCUGGACUUGCUGCAGGAGUCUCUGGCCUGGUUCCGUGCUGACCAAAGGCUUGGAACCAUGUCAGAACCUCGGUUGCCAAGGGGGUGGCCUCAAGUGGCUACCGGGCAUGUGAGGCCAUGGCUGCGUGAAUCUUGGGAGCAAGAUGCUGAUGUCAGAGUGGCCAUUGUGACGCGUGCGACCAAAGCCCCAAAAGGGAAGGCUGGGCUCAGGCCGUGUGUCAGUGCGACCUGGCAACGGGAGGAGAAGAAUCAGCAGAGGAAUAUCCAGAGGAGACGACGGUGUUCCUCAGCGCGACGACGGGAGCAGAAGGCGGACAGGAGCAGGGCUCACGCAGGGCUGACCAGGGAGUAGCACCCUCGUAGCUCUGGGCCUGUUCUCCAAACUCCCAUCACUUUUCUUCCUCCCACAGAGAGAGGACCAGCACCUGGCGGAGACAGCGGCGUUCCUGGACAGGGACUCAGCGCUGACAGCUGCCAUGUGCGACAGGGAGCAGGAGGGCUCUGAUGGCAGAGAGCAAGCAUGCCUGCUGUGUCGCCGUUCAGAGGCUGACCCGGACACCUGCGGCGACAAACAGGAGAAAUACGGGCUCUAUGCCCACAUCUUCUGCCUGUAUUUUGCCACGCUGCUUUUCCGGCAAGCAAAAAAAUGUGUUGGACUCCUGGGUUUCCUCCUUCCAGAUAUCCAGCUUGCAGUCAGGCGGGCGGCAUGGAAGCACUGCUGCGUCUGCGGCCAGAGCGGGGCCACCAUCCUGUGCUGCAAGGAAGGCUGCAACAGAUGGUUCCACCUGCCCUGUGCCAAGGAGGGCGGCUGUGUUACACAGUACAUUGCCCCAUACAGGUCCUUCUGCCCUGGACACCGUCCAGUGCAGAUGGUGCAGGUGACUCCAGAGCCGGGCACCGAAUGCCCCAUCUGCAUGGAGCCAGUGGAGGACAGAAUGACCUUCAACACCAUCGUGUGCCCGACGUGCAAAAGAGCCUGGUUCCACAGGGACUGCCUCCAGGGACAGGCCAUGCGCGCUGGUCUUUUGUACUUCAGCUGCCCCCUCUGCAGAGAUAGUGAGGAAUUCCUUGUGGAGAUGUUCCGCAUGGGGAUCCGCACCCCCAUCAGGUUGGUGUCCUUCUGCGGGGCGCACAAGGCAGGAGGGUGCAAGUGCCGUGCUGUGCCAGGCCCUGCCCCAGCAGUCCAAGCCCUGCCCCAUCCAGGGAGUCUGGACUUGCGCUUCUCAGGGGACUUGGAAAAGCAUUGGAGGAAGAGCAGGGUCACCCUGUUACCUCCAUGCGGAUGA